UUCAUGCCAGUGUUCUCCUUCCCGUCAGUGUGGCUGCUUCACCCUCUCUCUCCCUCUCUCUCUCUCUCGCUCACUCCCAAAGACACAGUGAAAUAGUGAGAUAGAGAUAUUAAAGAUAGCUCUAACUUACGCGUGUGUGGUUGACUGCAGUGCCUUCUAUUAAAACUAUUUCUAACUUUUUUUUUCUUUCACCUACAGUUUCUUUAAUUUGUGUUGGUAUCUUAUUUUCUCUCUUUAUUUGCUCACUUUCUCACUUUCUUUAAUCUCUACGACCGUCACUGCGUCACCUCCUCCUCCCCCUCCCCACACAUAAGCAUGGGGUGUUUUGGCAGCAAAGAGAAGCUAUCCAAGGAAGAUCUAGAAUUCCUGAAGCAACAUACACGCUACGAUGAACAGAUGAUCAAGGAAUGGUACAAAGGAUUCAGGCAAGACUGCCCGAGUGGUCGCCUCACGCCAGACAAGUUUGUGGACAUGUAUAAGAUGUUUUUCCCAUCUGGCAACGCUGAGGAGUUUUGCGACCACGUCUUCAGAACAUUUGAUAUGGACAAGAACGGUUACAUUGACUUUAAGGAGUUCUUGCUUGCUAUUGACGUAACCAGCGCCGGGACACCAGAAGAGAAGCUUAAGUGGGCUUUCAGAAUGUACGAUGUGGAUGGCAACGGCGUGAUAGACGUGUCGGAAAUGACCAAGAUUGUGCAGGCCAUCUACGACAUGCUCGGCACCAACUCCGCCAGCCGGCCAGCAGACAGUGCCGAGGAGCGCGCCAAGGCUAUCUUCUCCAAAAUGGACGAGAAUAACGACGGGAAUCUGACACAGGAGGAGUUCCUUAAGGGGUGUUUGCUGGACGAGGAACUGUCAAAGAUGCUCACCCCUGGGGCCUAAUGUUCCCCUUAGAAUGCCCCUUAUUACUUUAAACUUGUGGGGUUCAAUGCCUCUGUUUUUCCCCCUUACUGAAUCUUACGCCAUUGUCACCACUACAGCGUCACCACCACAGCAUCUCCCGCCACAGUGGUGAUUUGAUUCAUGUGGUACUUUGAACGGUGGUACUACUUUUUAUCAUUACUUUUUUUUUCAUUUUUUUGUGUUUUUGAAAUGACCAAUUGUUACGUUUCAGUGUUAAUUUAUUUGUUCUGAUUCCCGGUCCCCGAUUCCCGAUUCCUGAUUCCUGCGUCCCUUAUUCCCUGGUCUGUCUGUCUGUCUGAUGUGUGACGCUUGGAAAGGUUUGGAAUCAUUCUGUGCUUUUCCAAUGAACUUUUCCCUCCUCAUCUUGUUCUUGUUCUUGUUCUGCCAAUUUUUACAGCCGUUCGUCACCGCGUUUAUGCAAAUCGUUACGCUGCGGAAACGUCUCUAGUGCAUAACGGGAAGUCUGUGCCGCCGCCGCCGCCGCCGCCACCACUAACACCACCACCACCAUCACCACAGUAAAUUUUAAACCUCAUGUCAAGUUUUGUGUUUUGUCUGGCUUUGACGCGCUUCACUCUCCUCGUCUUGCUACCACACUCUAUCCAUUUGUUUUCCUCUUUUUUUUUUUUUUUUUAUCCGUUUUGCGUUUUUCCGUGUAGAGUUAAAGUAGGUUUUUGGAGACUAGACCGGGAUGCAAAGUAGUGAAGAAAACAUAACUAUUAAUAGUAUACCUUUACAAAAAUAUA